UAGUAUCGUGUCGGUAUUAUUAGUAAGAACGCGAGCCGGUGUUGAGUUAGUCUCUCAACUCGGUUGUAAAUUUAUCCUUUAGUUUAGUCGUAGUAGUGUUAAUCAAUCUUCAUAAAAUUCAGAUCACAUUUAAAUAAAAAAAAAAAAAUUCAAACAACAACAAAUAAAAAAUAAAAUUUCACUUUUAAACUUCGAUUUAAAUUUUUCAAAUUUAAACAAAAAUUAUGGAGUCACAGCCUCAAGAUAUUGUUGCAAGCGGUUCGCCCGCAGAAGUGCCCAAUGAUCCUGGAAAAAUGUUCAUCGGGGGACUAAGCUGGCAAACAAGUCCAGAGAGCCUUCGGGAGUACUUUAGUAAAUAUGGUGAAAUCACAGAAGUAAUGGUUAUGAAGGAUCCGACAACGCGACGGUCAAGGGGCUUCGGAUUUAUCACAUUCGCUGAUCCUGCUAGUGUAGACAAAGUUUUAGCUCAAGGAACUCACGAACUUGACGGAAAAAAGAUUGAUCCCAAAGUCGCUUUCCCUAGAAGAGCACAUCCAAAGAUGGUGACUAGAACGAAGAAAAUAUUUGUUGGUGGCCUUUCAGCGCCUACAACACUUGAAGACGUCAAGAGUUAUUUCGAACAGUUUGGACCGAUUGAAGAUGCAAUGCUCAUGUUUGACAAGCAAACAAAUCGACAUAGAGGUUUUGGUUUUGUGACAUUUCAAAGCGAAGAUGUUGUAGAUAAAGUUUGCGAAAUACAUUUUCACGAAAUCAAUAAUAAAAUGGUUGAAUGUAAGAAAGCACAACCCAAAGAAGUAAUGCUACCAAUGAACCUGGCAAAGACACGAGCAACAGGUCGAGGAGGUGCAUACGAUUUUAUGUGGUCGUUGGGAGCACUGCCUGAUGGUUUUCCGGCAGCCGCGUAUGCCGCGUACGCAGCUGGUCGAGGGUAUUCGGGAUACCCUAGUUUCGGACUUCCAUAUCCCACAGUGGACUUAACCAAUGGUCAACUCACACCAAACAAUAAUACACCAUUAUUGACCCAAGCUUUAUCAGUGAUGAACAAUUACCAAGCUGCAGCGGCGGCCGCACAAGGAUUUGGUCCACCUACAUCACCACAUACAGCGGCAGCCGCAGCAGCGGCAGCAUCAACACGUGCAGGAGCCUCAUUUCCACCGGCAAAUUCCCCAGGACCCACAAUUGAUAUGUACAGCUCGAGUGCUGGUGAUAGCGUUGCUGGAUACGUUCAAGCCGCCAGUCCACAGCCCUCAGGCUUCCCGGCUAUUGCUGUUAGUCGAGCACCACUUAACUACAGUCCAUUUCAUGAAUCUGAUGGGGAGCAACAACAUUAUUUUUUCAAAGUUACAAAUGGGCCUUUGAUACCAGCAGCAUUUACAAAUGGUUACCAUUGAAGAGAGACCUGCUUAGUUUAGUUAAGGUGUGGAAUUAACAGCGACAACGUGGAUGAUUGGACUUAUACGUUCCAGACUACAUAAUGAAUACUUUAUGCACCAAUAAACGGAUUUGUGAUACAAUGAAUCGUGGUUGUGUUUUCAAAUUAUUAUAGCACAUGCCGCCACCAGCCAACCGUCGCUAAUAACCUACAAAAAAAAAAAAAAGUUGUCACUGUUUCCCCAACAAUCAUUAU